AUGCCUCCGAAAGCUGACUGGGAGAAGUACGAGAAGAAGGUGGACGAGAAAGAGGAGAAGAUUAUUCCUCUCGAUGAUAGCGACAUUCAGAUCCUGAAGACCUAUGGCCAAGGGCCAUACGCUGGGAAGUUGAAGAAGAUUGAGAAAGACCUGGGCGAGAUUCAGAAGCGGAUAGACGAGAAACUUGGCGUAAAGGAGUCUGACACUGGUCUCGCAUCACCCAACCUAUGGGAUCUACCCGCUGACCGCCAAAGAAUGGGCGAAGAACACCCGCUUCAGGUCGCACGCUGCACCAAGAUUAUCCCCGUCGACGAGAAGCUGGCAGAAGCCGCGCGUUCAGUAAACGCACAAGGCGCACAGGGUGGACAGAAGGGUGCCGACGAGCAGACGAAGUAUGUCAUCAACAUCAAGCAGAUUGCCAAGUUCGUCGUGGGUUUGGGUGAGAGGGUGGCGCCGACGGAUAUCGAGGAGGGUAUGCGUGUUGGUGUCGACCGCACGAAAUACCAGAUCCAGAUCCCAUUACCGCCGAAGAUUGAUGCGUCGGUUACCAUGAUGCAGGUCGAGGAGAAGCCGGAUGUGACGUACUCUGACGUCGGUGGUUGCAAGGAGCAGAUUGAGAAGUUGCGGGAGGUCGUGGAGACGCCAUUGCUCUCGCCUGAACGUUACGUCGGCCUUGGUAUCGACCCACCGAAAGGCGUCCUCCUCUUCGGGCCUCCAGGAACCGGAAAGACCCUCUGUGCCCGCGCCGUUGCAAACCGAACAGACGCCACCUUCAUCCGUGUCAUUGGAUCCGAGCUGGUGCAGAAAUACGUCGGUGAAGGUGCACGUAUGGUCCGCGAGCUGUUCGAGAUGGCACGGUCAAAGAAAGCUUGUAUUAUCUUCUUCGACGAAGUUGACGCUAUCGGAGGAGCUCGUUUCGACGAUGGUGCUGGUGGCGAUAACGAGGUGCAACGUACGAUGCUGGAACUCAUCAACCAACUUGACGGUUUUGACCCACGAGGGAACAUCAAGGUGCUCAUGGCCACUAACCGACCCGACACGCUCGACCCUGCUCUGCUUCGUCCAGGUCGUCUGGACCGUCGUGUGGAGUUCAACUUGCCAGAUGCUGACGGUCGCGCACAUAUUCUUCGCAUCCACGCGAGGAGUAUGAGCGUCGAGCGCGAUAUCCGUUUCGACCUUAUCGCACGGUUAUGUCCGAAUACGACUGGUGCAGAGCUGCGUUCUGUGGCUACGGAGGCUGGCAUGUUCGCCAUUCGUGCAAGGAGGAAGGUCGCGACUGAGAGGGAUUUCUUGGACGCUGUGGAGAAGGUCGUGAGGCAAGGGAGCAAGUUCUCUUCUACGUCGCUCUACCAGGUGUAUAACUAG